AUGCUGCAAACAGAGCUAGAACCCCGAGGGGGCUUCUCCUUCGAGAACUGCCAGAGAAACGCAGCCUUGGAACGCGCCCUCCCGGAACUCCGGGCCCCUCACGCCCGCAAGACCGGGACCACCAUCGCGGGUCUUGUGUUCCGAGACGGGGUCAUCCUGGGCGCGGACACGCGGGCCACUAACGAUUCGGUCGUGGCGGACAAAAACUGCGAGAAGAUCCACUACAUCGCGCCCAAAAUCUACUGCUGCGGGGCCGGAGUAGCCGCGGACGCCGAGAUGACCACACGGAUGGCGGCGUCCAACAUGGAGCUACACGCGCUGUCCACGGGCCGCGAGCCCCGCGUGGCCACGGUCACCCGCGUCCUGCGCCAGACGCUCUUCCGGUACCAGGGCCACGUCGGUGCUUCGCUGGUCGUGGGCGGCGUGGACGUGACAGGACCACAGCUCUACAGCGUGCACCCCCACGGCUCCUACAGCCGCCUGCCUUUCACGGCGCUGGGCUCCGGCCAGGACGCGGCCAUGGCGGUGCUGGAGGAUCGGUUCCAGCCGAACAUGACGCUGGAGGCUGCGCAGGGGCUGCUGGUGGAAGCCAUCACUGCAGGAAUCCUGGGUGACCUGGGCUCUGGGGGCAGCGUUGAUGCAUGUGUGAUCACGGAGACCGGCGCCAAGAUGCUGCGAACACUGAGCUCACCCACAAAGCCCAUAGAGAGGCCCACCCAGUACCUCUUUGCCCCUGGGACCACAGCUGUCCUGUCCGAGACAGUGAAGCCACUGCCCCUGCAGCUGGUGGAGGAAACCGUGCAGACCAUGGAAGUGGAGUGA